CGCGCCGACCCACCAUGGAACCCCUCCCCCUGAGCAGACAACCCCGCCCGGACGGCCCCAUGCGCACCAACUCGAGCGGACGAGGAGGGCCCAUGCACGACGACCGCGCAGGCAGCUCCGCGCCGUACCCCCAGUCCGCGAGCAUGAAGACGCUGGCACCGCCGGGACACCGCGGGACGCGGUACAAGGACAAGUUCCUGGCGUUGCGCGAGAAGUACGACACGGUGACCGCGACCCACGAAGAAUACGAGCGCGAGCUCCUGCGCGCAGACGAAAAGCUCAAACGGCUCCAAGAAGAGUGCAACCUGCUGCUCGACGCAGUCGACAUCGCCGUCCCCGCACAGCCCACGCUCCUGCACUACCUCGCGCGCGACCCCAUCCCGCCGCAGUACUACUCGCACACGGUCCCCGUGCCGUCGAACCUGCCGCCCGAGGUGACGAUCCCGCAGCACUGGCCGCCGCCGAACGCGCUCCCCGAGCCCGGGCCUCCUGCGAACUACGCCCAACGCCCGCCGUCCCCCCAGCAGCCGCCCCCGAUGCACGCUCAGCACGGGGCGCACCCGCUGUCGCGCACGCACUCGCAUGGGCAUGGGCACGCACCCCAGCCGUUGCCGCCGCCGCCCCCACCCCAGGCGCAUAUGCAUGCGCCACCGCCUCAGCAGCAGCAACAGCAGCAGCACCAUAUGCUUCCGAUCCAGGUGGAGACUGGGCCUCCGCCGCCUACGACUGGGAGGGGAAGGGGCCGAGGUCGGGGCAGGGGCAGGGGGCGGCGAGGGGCAGCGAAUGGACGUGGCGGGAGCGCGAGUGCUGCUGGCUAGAGGGCCUGCGUAUUCUGGUUGGGUACGCAUAUAGCCCGUCUUCAGACUUUUUUUUUCUUGCUGGCUGCUUUGUACCACUACUGUUGUCGAUCAUUUCUAUGCUGGGUCACUCGAACACGUCCGUCACAACGGGCAC